UCCUUCUGUGGGUGAAGUGACGGUACACAGGUGUUUGUGAAUUCCACGAAUUUUUGUCUUCAUUUCAUUUUAUAAUGGAUGAGUUUCACGUUCCUUGAGAAUUUGCAUUAAAUCUGGUGACUAAAGGCCUUGACUUAUGAUGGAUUUGCUGUUUUAUGUGAUAAUUAUAGUUGUGGUCAUCUUAAAGCUUAUUUUCUGGAUAUUUUACUUCUAUGCAAGAAAUCGAAGACGACUUAUUGCACAAGCAUUAAGGCAACAUAGUCAACAACAGAUUCCUCAGGGCCGCCAGUAUGAAGAGGAGCCUGCUGUUCCGCAGCCAGCUUAUGUUUUUACUGAAUACCCAUUUGGUGUCAAUGGUGUACCAGCCACUUUUCAAAAUCCUCCCGUUUAUUCAGUUGAGGAUCCUGUGAAACUGGAUGAACCUCCUCCUCCAUAUGUAAAUGAUGAGGACACAGGAGGACUCAUAGAGAACCAGGAGAACUGAUAUUUUAAACAAUCAUGUAAAUUUAAUAGAGCUUGUACAUAUGCAUCUUAUGCAAUUUUACCUUCAGACCAGUUUUAGACUUUAAAUCAAAGGCUUGUACAGGGCUCGACACUAACUUUUCAACUUACCAGUCAAGUGGCUAGUGACAACUUAGAUGUUACAACAAUUUCAGUU